AUUAUAUUAUUACGUAUGUGAAGUUGUAAGAAACGGGCCAGCAGUUUUAGAAUCAACUGUUGAAGACCGAGUGCAGUUUGUCUCCUACUUCCCCACCGCCCCCACCUUUCCGAGCUAACAGCGAGCUACGUGAUUGGUCCAGGCCUGAAAAACAGCCUUCAGGAUCUAGAAUGUUGUACAGGCCUUGCAUUCGCACCAUGAGAAAUAUAACCAAAUUUAAUAAUACGACUGCGGAAAUACUGUUCAAACCGGAAAAGUGGAAUUAAAACAAGACAGUAGUGACUUGAUUUGGUGUUUCUCCUCCCUAGCUGAUUUUUAAAAAACAUAACACUUCCCUGAUGGUUUGAGAGCUCAGAAUCAAAUCAGACGCUGUUAUCCAGAGCGACUUACAGUUAGUGCAUUCAUAGCUAGGUUGGACAACCACAUAUCACAGUCAUAGUAAGUACAUUUUUCCUCAAUAAAGUAGCAACCAGCAAAGUCAGAGCUAGUAAGAAAAAUAAAAGAAUCCUCCUCAUUUGUGUUUGUAGCAGACAGGAUAAAAAGAGAAUGGACCAUGGUGGAGGGGUCUUGAACUUUCAGAUGCAAGACUCAAAGAUGCCACACACAAUGAUAAUGCAGGAUUUUGAGGCGGUGCUGGUGUCAGAUGUGGUGACUGACGAGGAGGGAAUCAUGUUUGAGCAUGACCUGGGGUCAGAGGUUGUAGAGGGGCCAGACAUCUGCUGCAGCGACGAGCCUGACGGCAUAAUCAUGACUGAGUCGGUCCUGGGGGCCGAGGUGGCCAUUGAGGACGUGCUGGAUUCUGACCACCAUCACCAUGUGCUGACAACAAAUCUCAUAGAGGAAUCUGAUAGGGUUCCUGACCAGGUGUUUGAAAUUGUCACUGAGGAGGUCAUGGUCUCCAACUGCAACUCAGAGACGUAUGUGGAGGAGCAGGAGGAGAUUGAAGACUCUGCAGUCACCAUCCAGGAGCCGGACAACGAGGCUGGAGAGAGCGUCUCCGAGGACUACCUGAUGAUCUCCUUGGACGAUGUUGGGGAGAAGUUGGACAUGGAGGACACACCCCUGAAGAUGGGUUCUGAGGUGAUGGAGGAUGGCUCCAAAGAGGGUGACUACGACUCUGAGUGCAUCAAAGUCUACAUCUUCAAGGCAGAGGCUGAUGAUGAUGUUGACAUAGGUGGCACAGAGAUUGUAGCUGAGAGCGACUUCCACAACGGUCACGCAGUGCUGGAGACUGGGGGCAUUGGCAAGCUGUCUCGAGAGAAGAUGGUCUACAUGGCAGUGAAAGACCCGUCCCAGGAGGAUUCAGAGAUCAACUGCACUGAGAUGGCGGAUGAGGUGUACAUGGAGGUGAUAGUGGGAGAGGAGGAUGCCCCUGCCAUCCAGGACUCACUGGAUGACUCCAGCCACAAUAAGAACUUCGGCACUGUUGCCUGGGCUGCAGCUUAUGGUAACAGUCUGGACUCCAGGCUGGAGAACAAGAACAACACAGGGACACAUUACCUGAAGAUCAGCGACAGCCUGAGUACAAGUAGAGCUCUCAAACAGAAGAUCAAGAAAAAGAAAAAGGGAGAGACACGUCAGUGUCAGACAGCUGUGAUCAUUGGUCCAGAUGGCCAGCCUCUGACUGUGUACCCCUGCAACAUCUGCGGGAAGAAGUUCAGAUCGCGGGGCUUCCUGAAGAUCCACAUGAAGAACCACCCCGACCACAUCUUCAAGAAGAAGUACCAGUGCACAGACUGCGAUUUCACCACCAACAAGAAGGUAAACUUCCACAACCACCUGGAGGGCCACAAGCUCAUAGUGAAGAGUGACCGGGUCUCAGAAUUCACUGAGGUCACAAGGCGUUACUGUGUGGAGAGCCCACUCAGCUCCAAUAAGCUCAUCCUACGUGACCAGGAGCCCAAGCUGCACCACUGUAAGUACUGUGACUAUGAGACAGCCGAGCAGGGCCUUCUCAACCGCCACUUGCUGGCUGUCCACAGCAAGAGCUUUGCCCAUGUGUGUGUGGAGUGUGCUAAAGGUUUCCGCCACCCCUCUGAGCUCAAAAAGCACAUGAGGACCCACACGGGUGAGAAGCCCUACCACUGCCAGCACUGUGAGUUCUGCUGUGCCGACCAGUCUAACCUGAAGACCCACAUAAAGAGCAAGCAUGGAGCGGAGCUGCCGUUCAAGUGUGGCCACUGUCCCCAGGCCUUCUCUGACGAGCGGGAGCUGCAGAAGCACAUGGAGAUAUUCCAGGGCCACAAGACGCACCAGUGUCCGCACUGCGAGCACAAGAGCACCAACUCCAGCGACCUGAAGCGCCACAUCAUCUCCGUGCACACCAAGGACUUCCCUCACAAGUGUGACGUGUGUGAAAAGGGCUUCCACCGGCCCUCGGAGCUGAAAAAACACACAGAGACUCACAAAGGUGCCAGGCUGCACCAAUGCCGCCACUGUGACUUUAAGACCCCAGACCCCUUCAUACUCAGUCGCCACAUCCUGUCCGUCCACACCAAAGACUUACCCUUCAAGUGCAAGCGCUGCCGACGGGGCUUCAGGCAUCAGCUGGAACUGAAGAAGCACAUGAAGACCCACAGUGGGCGGAAAGUGUACCAGUGCCAGUACUGUGAGUACAGCUCCUCGGACGCUUCAGGUUUCAAACGGCACGUCAUAUCCAUCCACACCAAGGACUAUCCCCACCGCUGUGACUACUGCACUAAAGGCUUCCGUAGGCCCUCUGAAAAGAGCCAGCACAUUGCACGGCAUCACAAGGAUGUUUUAAUGUAAAGUGCUUCUUCACACUCCCUUUCCCAUAUUCAGAACAAUCUGAUUCUCACUCACUAUAGAGCAGGGAAAUACAAUUAUUUCAAUGUGAUAAAUAAAGGAUGACAAUUGUCACAUUUUCUUCGAACUGCAUUAGUAAUUUAUUAACUUGUCCUCACAUCACCAUUAGUACUCAAACCUGGGGUGCUAUUCAAACAAACCUCAAGUCAGGUAAAUCCUGAAUCAGAACACUGCUUGAAAGCACACAUUUUCUCAGUACCGUAGUAUGCUUGUCUGGGUUGUUUGAAUAGCACACCACUUGUCAUAUGCAGUAUCAGUGGUAAGAUAAUGCUGUAAUUUGAUUUUAACUAAUGGCGUGUUUAUCUGUUGACUGUAUUCUCACUGUUGACCUUGGGGUAACCAUUAUCUGACAAGUCAUUGUAUGAUUUUUAGUAAUGCUACUGCUAGCAAAUUGUGAAAAACAUGCAUUUAAAGACCCAGUUCUAAUUUCAAACAAACAGUCAUCUGUAUCAGUUUUCUCUGUAUUCAAAGGCAUGAAAAGGGGAUGUGGACAACCCAGCUUUUUACUUGUAUUUGUCCUUUAUGCUUUGAAAUAAUCGCUUGUCAAACAAUCAGGGGUUUUAAUUUUUCCCAUGAGGUAAAAUCAUGUUGCUCAAAGCCAAUAAAAUGUUUACUAUCAGGAAUGUCUCAUGUAUCAGAUCCAAAUCAGUGUUAUCUAUUCUCUGUCUGUCAACUGAAAUAUUAGGAGCUUCUUUAGUAAAUAAAGACAUCUCCUGAUGAAUUGUUCACCUCAACCUAUUACUUUCAUUCACUCUUUUUGCCAUCAUUCAGUAACAAAGAAUGUACCAACAAGUGGAUUUGUGUUAAGAUGACAGUGUUUUGCAUCUUACAAUAAGGGCGACUACUGACACCAAGUUAUCCCAUGAUUGACCUAGAGGUGGAAUUAAGAUUGUAUUUUGUUUAUUGAUUUAAAAUUAUUAACAUCUGAUUUGUAGAAAAUAAAUGUUCUUUUUGAAAGUA